GAUUCUCUUCACAAACCUACGAUCAGUUGUUUGUUUAUACUUCGGGCGGUCAGGUAAAGAUUUCAGGUGAUUAAGGUCUCGUACAUUGCAACAUGUCCAGCAAACCAGUUUUAUAUUAUACACCACGCAGUCCACCUUGUCGUGCUGUUUUAUUAACGGCAGCUGCCUUAGGUGUUGAAUUGGAUUUAAGAGCUAUGAAUAUAAAAGAUGGUGAUCAUUUAACACCGGAAUUUUUAAAAUUGAAUCCCUUGCAUACGGUACCUGUUUUAGAUGAUAACGGUCUAAUUAUCAGUGAUUCUCAUGUGAUUUGUUCAUAUCUGGCUGAUAAAUAUGCUGUCGAUGAGACUCUUUAUCCUAAAGAUAAAUUGGAACGAAUGGAAGUCGAUGCACGCAUGUAUUUCGAUUGCGGUCAUCUAUUUCCACGAGUUCGUUUAAUGGUCGAACCAGUUCUCUACUUUGGUUGCGGAGAAAUAUCUGAAGAAAAGGUUACCUAUAUGCAAAAAGCCUACGAUGGCCUUGAAAGAUGUUUAAUCACAAGCAAAUAUUUAUGCGGUGAUCAUAUGACUAUCGCAGAUUUGUGCUGCGUCGCAUCAGUUUCAACGGCUGUUCUAUUCGCACCAAUUGAUGAGCAAAAAUUCCCGAAAUUAAAAUCCUGGUUAGAGGUAAUGUCUCAAUUGCCAUACUAUAAAAAAAAUAAUCAGCAAGGGGCUGAAAUUUUAUUGAAAUUCGUGCAAGAUAAGCUGGCUGAGCACAACAAGCAGAAAGCGAAAAAAAGUGCUUGAAAAAAAAAAAUUGGAAAAGAAUAAUAAAUAAUAGGGCAAAGUGAAAUAUUAACAUUUUACUUAAUAAUAAACACGAGAAUACAAGGUUAAUUCAAAUGCUAGCGCAAGUUUUAAGCUUUUUUCUUUUUUGGUAGAAAAUUAAAAUCAGAGAAUUGAACUGUGCCGUGUUGCUCUCUGCGCAAUGAUCAUCAUGGAAUAAUGAAUUAAUGAAGUAGUAAAAAAAGCUUUGAAAUUCCGUUAUCAGUAGAGUUGCCGUAGUCCGAAUAUAUUUUCACUGUAAAACUAAAAGCCUGAAAGAAAGCUUUCGAAAUUAUUUUGUCUAACUGUACUUGACGACUGACUAUCACGUUUUAUGCAAAACUCAUAGACAUGCAAUGAAAUCUUAAGAAUAAAAUAAAAUUUUUCCAUUUUCCAUAACACACACACACACACACAGCAAGUACAUGUCGCAAUCAUUAAUGGACGCAGUUUUGGUGGCAUUUCACUUUUGCAAAUUGAACCACCGAGGGCAACUUAUUCGACAGCAAUUUCCAGCAACUGAUAACGAAUGUUGCGUUGAUGGUGUUUGGCCAUCAACAACCAAUGCACUAUGGUCCCAGAUACCAUUUUUCUUCGCCAAAAAUCAAAUUUUUCACAUUCUCUGAUUCGUCUUUCAUUAUUGUAACCUGAAAGCAAAUACUCCAAAGCAACC